GAUUUGCAGUUUGUUGGGGAAGAACUGUGUGGGAGGAGGGAAAGCAACGCGGUGCAAGCAACGACCAGAAGGGUCAAAGUCAGUAGAGAGGAAUCUGGGAAAUAGCAAGUUGGUAAUACGUAUUCCAGCAUCUUUCAUGAAUGCAUGGGUCCUUUUAGGUCUUUAAGUUUUUUACUUUCUUGCUUGAAACUGAACAAUUGAAGCAUUGAUUCGACAUUAGCCAGUAAAUGCUGUGAGCAUAUAGUGAGAACUUACCAGGACAUUGAAAGCACCCAGGGGUGAAUAACCAGUGCUUUAAAAGAUAACAGAUCUUUUGGCGGUCACACUUAUAUAUGUAGAUAUAUCGAUAUAAUCAGGAUUGUUAUAAUAACUUCCAGUAACCUUUAAGAGGUUUGUCAACAUGGCUUCCCCUCCACACCAGCAGCUGCUGCAUCACCACAGCACGGAGGUAAGCUGUGACUCCAGUGGAGACAGCAACAGUGUCCGGGUAAAAAUCAACCCCAAGCAGCAUUUGGGCUGUUCCUCCAAUCCUCACCCCAAACACUGCAAGUAUAGCAUCUCCUCCAGUUGUAGCAGCUCAGGUGAAUCAGGAGGGGUUCUCAGAAGAACCGGAGGUGGAAACCGAGGCCUCCGCAGGAAAAAGAAACUCCCACAGCUUUUUGAGAGAGCUUCUAGUAGAUGGUGGAACCCCAAAUUUGACUCUACCAACCUAGAGGAGGCUUGCAUGGAAAGGUGCUUUCCACAGACCCAGCGCAGGUUCCGCUAUGCUCUCUUCUACAUCAGUGUGGCCUGCCUUCUUUGGGGCAUCUAUUUUGGUAUUCACAUGCAAUCUAAAAUGAUUGUUUUUGUGGUACCAACUCUGUGCUUCCUUUUGGUGUGUGUAUGUUUUUUUCUAUUUACCUUCACUAAGCAUUAUGCUCGGCAUUAUGUGUGGACCUCACUGAUUCUCAUUCUCCUGGUUUUUAUUCUGACUCUAGCUUCACAGUUUCAGGUUUUGACACCUCUCUCAGGAAGUGAUGACAGCUUCAAUCAUACUCCCCUUGCCAUAUCCACAGAUACUUGCUUGUCUCAAGUAGGCAGUUUUUCAAUGUGCAUUGAAGUGCUCUUGUUACUCUAUGCUGUUAUGCACUUACCUCUAUAUUUAAGCUUGUUUUUGGGAGUAGCCUAUUCUAUUCUUUUUGAGACCUUUGGGUAUCAUUUCCGAGAUGAAUGCUGUUUCCCAUCACCUGGAAUAAGACCCAUGCACUGGGAGCUGCUAAGCAAAGCUUUGCUCCACAUAUGUAUUCAUGCUAUUGGAAUUCACUUAUUUAUCAUGUCUGAAGUUAGAUCAAGGAGCACAUUCCUUAAAGUGGGACAAUCAAUUAUGCAUGGGAAAGACUUGGAGGUAGAAAAAGCCUUGAAAGAGCGAAUGAUUCACUCUGUGAUGCCAAGGAUCAUAGCUGAUGACUUAAUGAAACAGGGGGAUGAUGAAAGUGAGAACUCAGUCAAACGACAUUCCACCUCAAGCCCCAAGAAUAGGAAGAAAAAGUCUUCCAUACAGAAAACUCCCAUAAUAUUUCGUCCGUUUAAGAUGCAGCAAAUUGAACAAGUAAGCAUUUUGUUUGCAGAUAUUGUUGGUUUCACUAAAAUGAGUGCCAACAAAUCUGCCCAUGCCCUGGUGGGUCUCUUGAAUGAUUUGUUUGGUCGUUUUGACCGUUUAUGUGAAGAUACAAAAUGUGAGAAAAUAAGUACUUUGGGCGACUGCUAUUAUUGUGUAGCAGGAUGUCCAGAACCCAGAGCAGAUCAUGCCUAUUGUUGCAUUGAAAUGGGCUUAGGCAUGAUUAAAGCCAUCGAACAGUUCUGCCAGGAGAAGAAAGAAAUGGUGAACAUGCGUGUUGGGGUUCACACUGGGACAGUUUUAUGUGGCAUUCUGGGCAUGAGGAGGUUUAAAUUUGACGUGUGGUCAAAUGAUGUGAACUUAGCCAAUCUUAUGGAGCAGCUGGGUGUGGCUGGCAAGGUUCAUAUUUCGGAAGCUACAGCAAAAUAUUUAGAUGAUCGUUAUGAAAUGGAGGAUGGGAAAGUUAUUGAACGAGUUGGCCAGAGCGUUGUUGCUGACCAGUUGAAAGGUUUGAAGACAUACCUAAUAUCAGGUCAAAGAGUCCUGAAAGAAUCCCAUUGCAGCUGUUCAGAGGUGUUACUUGCUGGCUUUGAGGCUGGGGAUUGCUCAAGCUUAUCUUCAGGCCCUAAAUUACAGGGAACGUCAUCACCAGAGAGUGUCGGUGAUGUGGCGAAGACUCUUAAAACCUUUGAAAAGAAUAAGACGUGUCCUUCAUGUGGCGUUACAUUUGCUCCUAACUGUGAAACUAGUCCUGAAGAAGGAGCAAUUCAAAAUGGCUGUCAAGAUGAACAUAAAAAUAAUACCAAGCAGGCUUCUGGAGGACAUAGUCCAAAGGCCCAAAAUGGACUUUUAAAUCCUCCUCAGGAAGAGAAGCUUACCAAUAGCCAGACAUCAUUGUAUGAAAUGUUACAAGAGAAAGGAAGAUGGGCAGGGGUGAGCUUGGAUCAAUCUGCUCUCCUUCCAUUGAGAUUCAAGAACAUUCGAGAGAAGACAGAUGCUCAUUUUGUUGAUGUUAUUAAAGAGGACAGCCUGAUGAAAGACUACUUCUUUAAACCACCGAUUAACAAACUGAGUUUGAAUUUCUUGGAUCGGGAUUUAGAGAUGGCUUAUAGGACCAGCUAUCAGGAAGAGGUUAUAAAAAAUUCUCCUGUGAAGACGUUUGCCAGUGCUACCUUCAGUUCCCUCCUGGAUGUGUUUCUGUCAACAACAGUUUUCCUCAUUCUGUCUAUCACCUGCUUCCUAAAACAUGGGACAACUUCUGCCCCUCCCCCACCAACUGCAGUUGUGAUUUUCAUCAUUGCUAUUCUAUUGGAAGUGUUCUCCCUCAUCAUCUCUAUUAGGAUGGCAUUUUUCCUUGAGGAGGUAAUGACUUGUACUAAGCACCUGCUGGAGGUGAUAGCUGGUUGGCUCCCUCGGCAUUUCAUUGGCGCAGUCCUGGUCUCUCUCCCAGCCCUCGCAGUUUAUUCACAUUUUACCUAUGAAUUUGAAACAAAUAUACAUUAUACCAUGUUCAUGUGCUCUGCAAUUCUGAUCACCAUUGUGCAAUACUGUAAUUUUUGCCAGCUAAGCUUCUGGAUGAGAUCAUCACUAGCAACAAUUGUUGGAGCUGUGCUUGUCAUUUUACUCUAUGUCUCUUUGUGUCCAGACAGUUCCAUAGAAAUAUCUCACUUAGAUGCUGUACAGAAUUUCAGUUCCAGGAAGAAUCCAUGCAACACUUCAAUGCCAAAUUUCAGCAAAAAACCAGCAGACCUAAUUGGCCAGGAGGUGACACUCGUUUGCUUUCUCCUGCUUUUAUUGGUCUGGUUCCUGAAUCGAGAGUUUGAAGUCAGUUACAGGCUUCACUAUCAUGGAAAUGUGGAGGCUGAUCUUCACCGAACCAAAAUCCAGAGUAUGAGAGAUCAAGCUGACUGGUUGCUAAGAAACAUUAUUCCUUAUCACGUGGCAGAGCAACUGAAGGUUUCCCAGAGCUACUCUAAAAACCAUGACAGUGGAGGGGUAAUCUUUGCCAGCAUAGUUAACUUUAGUGAAUUUUAUGAAGAGAAUUAUGAAGGAGGUAAGGAAUGCUACCGAGUCCUAAAUGAACUGAUUGGGGACUUUGAUGAGUUGCUGAGCAAACCAGAUUAUAACAGCAUUGAGAAAAUUAAAACCAUUGGGGCCACAUAUAUGGCAGCCUCAGGUCUGAACACCUCCCAGUGUCAAGACAGCAACCAUCCACAUGAACAUUUACGAACCCUUUUUGAAUUUGCCAAAGAAAUGAUGCAAGUUGUGGAUGACUUCAACAACAACAUGCUCUGGUUUAACUUUAAACUUAGAAUUGGCUUUAACCACGGACCCCUCACUGCAGGGGUUAUUGGCACCACAAAGUUACUGUAUGAUAUUUGGGGAGAUACCGUGAAUAUUGCCAGCAGGAUGGAUACUACUGGAGUUGAGUGCCGUAUACAGGUGAGUGAAGAGAGCUACCAUAUCUUGAACAAGAUGGGAUAUGACUUUGACUACAGGGGGACAGUAAAUGUGAAGGGAAAAGGUCAAAUGAAGACCUACCUUUAUCCAAAAUGCAUGGACAGUGGGAUUGUGCCACAUCACCAGUUAUCUAUAUCACCAGACAUUCGAGUUCAAGUAGAUGGCAGCAUUGGACGGUCUCCAACAGAUGAGAUUGCCAACUUGGUGCCUUCUGUUCACAAUUCUGACAAGACAUCUUACAGUUCUGAUAGUAAUUCACAGGCUAAGGAUGUUCAGCUAUCUUCCAAGAAGCCUCGGAAAGAUCCCGUAAAAACAGAAGAAAGGUGUAGAUUUGGCAAAGCCAUAGAAAAGAGUGACUGUGGGGAAACGGGAAUUGAAGAAGCCAAUGAGCUAACCAAGCUAAAUAUUUCAAAGAGUGUAUGAUGCAGCCACAAAGAGCUAGCUGCAUGAGGUGCUCUAUCCAUAGAAACACAAUAAUAAUUGCAAUUUGGCUAUUUUUCUUUUCAAGAGACACAUUUCCAGUGCCUAGGUGUUAUGUUGUCAUUUAAACCCUAACUUCUAUGUGGAUCACAGAUGUUCAGGGUUCAUUUUCAUCCAUCUCUUUCCCCUCCCUCCCCCUCCCUGAAAAGCUUCCCACCUCUUUCUGUAAUUAUCUUUCAGCAGUGUGGAGGAUAAUAAGUGCCUUCAGGUAUAUUUCAUGGCCUUGAAGUCUAGGUACAGAGGCCAUUGGUGAAAUCAUGGCUUUGGGUAUCAAUUGCAUUUUGAAACAAAAGCUGUGGUUAAGAUAUCAUUUUUAUUGUUGUUUCUCACAAGACACUUUUUUUGGCUAAUACAACUCUUUGAGAUUUGUUGAUUUCUUCGUGUAUAUAUAAUAGUGUUUUACAAUCAUCAUCUGACCUUUCUAUGUAAACACACUUGCAUUUAUGAAAUUGAUAUAAAAGUGCCAAUAAUGUACUGAGAAGGGAUGUUAAAGGAAAGGGAAUAACGUGUAGUGAGCUGGGAAAGGCAUCGAUUCCACAGCAGCUUGUCCUUUAGAUAAAGCCUGUAACGUAGCUGUGGUGAUUCCAUCCUCUUUUACAAAUGCUUUGAAAACACACAUAUGCCAUUGUGUGUCUUGAAUGUGCCACUUUCCUUAUACUCAGUGGUUUUCAGACUUCAUCUGCUUUCAGGGCAACCUUCAAAAUACAAAUAGAUAACAAAGCAUCUUCAGUCUGGGCCAUCAAGUA